AUUCUGCCGUCUGCUUUAGCAGUAUCAUUCAGUAGUACCCCAUGUAAUCCCUGUUACCAACAGUGUAGUCAGAAAACUUCAAUUUGGGGGCGCCUGGGUGGCUCAGUCGGUUAGGCGGCCGACUUCGGCUCAGGUCAUGAUCUCGCGGUCCGUGAGUUCGAGCCCCGCGUCGGGCUCUGUGCUGACAGCUCAGAGCCUGGAGCCUGUUUCAGAUUCUGUGUCUCCCUCUCUCUGACCCUCCCCUGUUCAUGCUCUGUCUCUCCCUGUCUCCAAAAUAAAUAAAACGUUAAAAAAAAAUAAAACAAAAAACAAAAAAAAACUUCACUUUGUUGUUGUCUAAGGUAUUAAUGACAAUGUCAUUUGUAACCUGAAAACUAAGAGUUUUUUCAGUAACUUUGUAUAUUUCUUUUUAUAGACCAUUUAAUUUGGCAGAGCGGAAAGCUAGUGCCCAUUCUGUAGUGGAAUGUGAUCACGUACGAAAAGAAGUUAGUGUACGAACUGGAGGAUUGGCCGACAAGAGCUCAAGGAAAACAUAUACUUUUGAUAUGGUUUUUGGAGCGUCUACUAAACAAAUUGAUGUUUACCGAAGUGUUGUUUGUCCAAUUCUGGAUGAAGUUAUUAUGGGUUACAAUUGCACUAUUUUUGCAUACGGCCAAACUGGCACUGGAAAAACCUUUACAAUGGAAGGAUCCCUUGGCUGGCAUAAUUCCACGUACUCUGCAUCAAAUUUUUGAGAAACUUACUGAUAAUGGUACUGAAUUUUCAGUCAAAGUGUCUCUGUUGGAAAUCUAUAAUGAAGAACUUUUUGAUCUCCUUAAUCCAUCUUCUGAUGUUUCUGAGAGACUACAGAUGUUUGAUGAUCCCCGUAACAAGAGGGGGGUGAUAAUCAAAGGUUUAGAAGAAAUUACAGUGCACAACAAGGAUGAAGUCUAUCAAAUUUUGGAGAAGGGGGCAGCAAAAAGGACAACUGCAGCAACUUUGAUGAAUGCAUACUCUAGUCGUUCCCACUCAGUUUUCUCUGUUACAAUACAUAUGAAAGAAACUACAAUUGAUGGAGAGGAGCUUGUUAAAAUUGGAAAGUUGAACUUGGUUGAUCUUGCGGGAAGUGAGAACAUUGGCCGUUCUGGAGCAGUUGACAAGAGAGCUCGGGAAGCUGGAAAUAUCAAUCAGUCCCUGUUGACUUUGGGAAGGGUUAUUACUGCUCUUGUAGAAAGAACACCUCAUGUUCCUUAUCGAGAAUCUAAAUUAACUAGAAUCCUCCAGGAUUCCCUUGGGGGGCGUACAAGAACAUCUAUAAUUGCAACGAUUUCUCCUGCAUCCCUCAAUCUUGAGGAAACUCUGAGUACAUUGGAAUAUGCUCAUAGAGCAAAGAACAUACUAAAUAAGCCUGAAGUUAACCAGAAACUCACCAAAAGAGCUCUUAUUAAGGAAUAUACGGAAGAGAUAGAGCGUCUGAAACGAGAUCUUGCUGCAGCCCGUGAGAAAAAUGGGGUAUACAUUUCUGAAGAAAAUUUUAGAGCCAUGAGUGGAAAACUAACUGUUCAAGAAGAACAGAUUGUAGAAUUGAUUGAAAAAAUUGGUGCCGUUGAGGAGGAGCUAAGUAGGGUUACAGAGUUGUUUAUGGAUAAUAAAAAUGAACUUGACCAGUGUAAAUCUGACCUGCAAAAUAAGACACAGGAACUUGAAACCACUCAAAAACAUUUACAAGAAACGAAAUUACAACUUGUUGAAGAAGAGUAUAUUACAUCAGCUUUGGAAAGUACUGAGGAGAAACUUCAUGAUGCUGCCAGCAGGUUGCUUACCACAGUUGAAGAAACUACAAAAGAUGUAUCUGGUCUCCAUUCAAAACUGGAUCGUAAGAAGGCAAUUGAUCAGCACAAUGCAGAAGCUCAGGAUGUUUUUGGCAAAAACCUGAAUGGUCUGUUUAACAGAAUGGAAGAAUUAAUUAAGGAUAGCAGCUCAAAACAAAAGGUCAUGCUAGAAGUUCACAAGACUUUGUUUGGUAACCUGCUGUCUUCCAGUGUCUCUGCAUUAGACACAAUUACUACAACAGCACUGGGAUCGCUCACAUCUGUUCCAGAAAAUGUGUCUACACAUGUUUCUCAGAUUUCUAAUAUGAUAUUAAAAGAACAAUCAUUAGCAGCAGAAAGUAAAACUGUACUUCAAACAUUGAUUGAUGUACUUAAGACUGACCUUCUAAGUUCACUGGAAACAACUUUAUCCCCCACUGUGGUGUCUAUACUGAAAAUCAACAGUCAACUGAAGCAUAUUUUCAAGACUUCAUUGACAGUGGCUAGUAAGAUAGAAGAUCAGAAAAAGGAAAUGGAUGGCUUUCUCAGUAUGCUGUGUAACAGUCUACAUGAACUACAAGAAAAUACGAUUUCAUCCUUGGCUGAAUCACAGAAGCUAUGUGAAAACUUAACUGAAGACCUGAAGACAAUAAAAAAAAUCCAUUCACAGGAACUUGACAAGCUAAUCAGUCUUUGGGCAGAGAGAUUCUGUGCCUUGGAGGAAAAGUGUGAAAACAUCCAGAAACCACUUAGUAGUGUCCAAGAAAAUACAAAACAGAAAUCUAAGGAUAUAAUCAGCAAAACAACCUCAUAUAAUACACAAUUUUGUGCUGAUUGUGAUGGCUUAUCACAGGAACUCAGACAUUUUAACCAAGAAGGUACAAAACUGGUUGAAGAGUCUGUGAAACACUGUGAUAAACUUAAUAGCAGCCUGGAACUAGUAUCUCAAGAGACUGAACAGAGAUGUGAGGCUCUGAACAAAAGCACACUUUCUUUUUCUGAACAGUGGGUAUCUUGCUUAAAUAUAAGGAAAGAAGAACUUCAGAACUUACUGGAGGUUGUAAACCAAGGUUGUGAGGCUUCAAGUUCAGAGAUUACUGAAAAAUUAAAUGAACAUAAAGCAGCUAAUGAGAACCAGCGUAAUAUGUUUUUUGAUCAGAUAACUACUGAUGAAGAAAAAUUAAUGGCACAAAGUCUAGAAUUUAAUGAAACCAUAAAAAUUGGUUUGACUAAGCUUAAUUGCUUUCUACAACAGGAUCUGAAAUUGGAUAUCCCAACAGGUACGACACCACAGAGGAAAAAUUACUUAUACCCAUCAACCCUGGUGAGAACUGAACCACGUGAACAGCUCCUUGAUCAGUUGAAAAGGAAGCAACCUGAGCUGUUAAUGAUGCUAAACUGUUCAGAAAACAACAAGGAAGAGAUCAGUCAGGACCUGGAUGAAGAAAAGUCAGUUCUAGGGCACUCAAUAGAAGAACCUCCAAGUCAAGAGCCAUCUAUAGAUGCUAGCGUGGAUUGUUCAUCAAGUGGUGGGAUUCCAUUUUUCCAGCAUAAAAAAUCACAUGGAAAAGACAAAGAAAACAGGGGCAUUAAUUCAGUGGAGAGGUCUAAAGUGGAAGAAACUACAGAGCAUUCUGUUACAAGGAGCAGAUUACCUCUACGAGCCCAGAUAAAUCUUUAGUUAACUUGAGGAUUGGUCAUUUUAUUUUUAAGAAAAAUGAAAAAUAAAACCUAUAACUCCAGAACUUGAGCCUUAUGUAUAGAUGAAAAACGAAUGGAAAAUAUCAAGGCAAUACUGUAAAUUUAGUUGACUUUAAUAUGUCUGCCCAUUUUUCUGUCAUUCUUGUAGUUCACUGUACAUUAAGUUGGGUUUUAUUUGAGACUUGCAUUCAGUAAAUGUGUAUUUUUAGCUUUUGAUAUAAAAUAGCCCUUUCUGGUAUAUCGCUAGGCAGCACAUAUAUAAAAGUUGCAGUGUUCUUCUAGGCUUGAAUUUAUGUAGGUGAAUACCGCCAACUUGGUCUUGGGAAGGACCAUCUCCGUUCUUUUCCUGAUACGAUGGAAUUAUGUCUGUAUCUGCUUGCUUCCUUCCCUAGACUUUUCCAGUCUGCAUUCUCAGCUCAUUUUCUCCUUUUUCAUUUGCGACCAAACCAUCUGUAGAGCUACAAAAUGGUAUCUAUUCUUAUUAUGAGAUAGCCUGAAUUUUAUCUAGAAGUCUUUAACACUUUUCUGUGGCUCUGCCUAAAGUUACUAUCAACAAUGAACAUAACCCUAGAAGCAUUCCUUCCUUCAAUAUUUUUAGUCUGUUUCCCCCUAGAUGAAGAAGCACUCCUUUCUUUAUGAGGCCUUAACACAUUAGCCCCCACAGAGUUUGUAAGAAGCCAGCUUCUCCAGAAUAUAGAUUACUUUUAUGGGAGAACUACCAAGAGCUCUGACUAAUGGCUAUGUGGCCUGUAUCUUGGGCAGAGGUCCCAGUGAUUUAAAAGGGCUUUUUGAAGCUAUUAAUUAUGAUGAUAAUUUCUAUCCUCUUGUUUACCUUCAUCUGAAACUUUGUUCUUUGUAUAUAAUAAAAUAUGUAUAUGUAUAUUUUUCUUUACUGAAAUCUUAACCCUUAGAUGGGUCCUGACAGUUUUGAUCUAGCAGCCAAAUUUCUGGAAGUGGACAUUUUUCAGCAUGAAGAAUCAGCACAGUAGAAGAAGGAAUAUACACAAAGAAAACAUUUGGUGACCACAUCAACUUAAGUGCAUAACUUUAGAGAGAUUUGAUUGUGAUAGCUAAGUAAAGCCAAGCCCUAUUAGAGAUUAGAAAACGUGCUACUUCAAGGAACUAAAUUUACCUUCAGAAGUGUUAAUUAUCUUAAUAAAAAUAAUGAUACAAUUUCUCUGCAAAAUCAGAUGUCAACAUAACCUAUGGAUAAUAUCUAAGAAAAUAAUCUGCCCUCAGUAAAUCCAUCAAUAAAUUUGGUUUCUACAUUAA